AUGGGUCGGCCGUUGGUGGUGAAGCGAGUUUCAAAAAGAGUUGACGUCAAUCAAGGAAAACUUGGGGGAACAGAAUCAAGUUAUCAGAAAACGUUCAUCAAACAUGAGGAUUUUGUGCCAUCUCAAACUUUAAAGCCACCUCCAGAGAAAGCAAAGGUUCAACAUCCACCAAUGCAAACUAUGACCACCACCAUGAAAAGUUAUGCUUCACAAGAUUUAAGUGCAAAGAGGGAAAUAAUUAAACCAAUUGAGGAACAUGUGGUACCUGAUGAACCACUCAGCAAUGUAACAAUGUACAGACAUGAUUUUGCACCAAAGUCUGCUUUACCAGCUAUACUUAUGAGACCAAAGACUAACAGCGACCAGAAAGCAGAACCGGUAAAAUUUGAUGGACGGACAAUGAACAAAUAUUACUACCAAGAUUGGAAACCAAAAAUGAAGCAACGUUUUGGUGAACUUCCAGCCUUUACUUCACCACUCAUCUACCCAGAUCGGAACAAACCAAAAAACAUAGAAGAAUUGACGAAGUCACGAACCCACACUGACUAUCCAUACAAAAGCAUGCCAAAACCUGAGAUGGCCAAAGUAGCUGCUGCAAAUAUUAAAGUAGGAGAAGGUAACCAUGACUUGAAAACCACGCACCGUGAAACAUACCAGUUUGUCAAGCCCAGCUCGGCAGUGGCAAUAAGCCCAAAGCCAGGCUCCAUUGUGAGACAGCUUGCACAACGUAAAAUGGAGUUCAACAGUAAAUACCAAGCUGAUUUCCCACAACGCGAGAAAUAUCCACUACCACCAAAAGCAGCAACACCUGCACCUGAUACACUGGAUAUUAAAAUGAAUCAUGACCUAGUGUUCGACACAGAGCAAAGGAAUUGUUACCAAGGUUGGAAUGUGAAGGAACAUCCACGACCGGGUCUCUCAAAACUUGUUGACAACACCCAGCUAUCCACUGAUGCCAUGCAAACAAAUACUACAAUGACUCGUGACUUCACUCCUAAAGAGAUUCCCCCAUCACAAGACAUCUCAGCGAACCGACCACAGACCAACAGAGGUAUUGAAAGAGGUAAGUUUUACAGCACCACGGCAAACAAAGCAUUCUAUCAGGAUUGGGGAGCCAAACCACGCAGAAGAUUCGGAGACUUCCACGAGAACUACAAGGAGAUCAUGUUGCCCAAAAAGUUGCUUCCCAUGCUGGAGCAUAGCACCACAACUAAAUCUACAUUCGUUGAGAAAUACGGUCGCCCAAGAACUUCCAUGAAACCGAACCAGAAAACUAUUGAUGUUUCCCAACCACACGAUUUCAACACUAUCUCUGGAAUGUGCUACAAGUAA